GCUUUAAUCACUUGUUGUUAUUGCCUCUCUGUUUGUGUUUUUCUAAGCAUUUGUGUUCCACCAGCACACUCAGAGUGAGUGCUCUCGAGGGGGAAUUUCCUUCCUGAUAAACAAUCCUGCAGUGAUUCAGCAGGAAGGAUGUGGUGGUUAAGGCACUGGACUGGGAUUUGGGAGACAUGGGUUCUGUUCCCAACUCUACCACAGUCAAGAUGUGAUGAGGAGUGGAAGGGCAAGCAAACAAAGAGGAGGAGCUGUGUAGCUGUGGCAAAAACAUGCUUUCACAUGGCCUGUUUGUCCAGUUUGGGGUUAGGUAGGUCUGGGGUUUGCGUAGAAUCACAGAACCAUAGAAUCUGCGGAGCUGGAAAGGACCUCAGGAUCAUCGAGUCCAACUCUUCACCCUGUGCAGUUUUGUUUGGCUACUCAAGUGAACAGCAUCAGGGACUCCUGUUUGUGCAAGUCCGAAACUCAGCCUAUUCCAGGAACCCAGCUGUGCUUUAACAUGUUGUUUCACUUUCCAUGGGGUCUCAGAUGCCACUUUCCAGUGUUUCUUGUUGAUUUGAUUCAGUUUCCCAUUGCAUUCUCUGAUCUUCAGGCACGUGUCCUAUGGCUCCUACACCAGGCUGUACAUGCAUAAGGAAGGGCUUGGGCUGCAUCUCUGAGUUAGAGCUCCAGCCUCAGCAUCCUGACCUGGUGCGACCUUUGGGAGGAUGAAUCAGGACAGUUACUCAAGCGAUCAGCCCACGGGCCAGGACCCGCUCCUACUGCUGAAAACCCUUCAGCUUCUCUGGACAAAGCAUGAGCUGGAGAAGCUCAAGGAAGAAAUCAGGCGGGGCUUUGCCAGACUGGAGGACCCCUUGGCAGGACUCCUGGCCAUGCUGGAGAGCAGCAGUGAUUGGAAGGGGAAAGGGCAUUCACUGGGGUAUUGCAUCACCACGGAGCUGCAGCUUUGGAUAAAAGAGCAUCCUGCUGUCCCACAGUCUGGCACCAAGCUGAAGAAGCUGCAGGCCCGUGUGCUCGGAAUGCUCUCGCAGUGCCCAACUAAUCUGCUUGACCCCCUGAUUAGCAUUUACCAGCUCCACACAGUGGACCGGAACUAUUUGCUUGAACAUGUCAGUCAUCUUUAUCUCCAGGGCAAUUACAAAGAGGCAGCCAUACUGAGUAUUAAGCUGAAAUUACAGCCAGAUCAAGAUGUAGAGAAGAUGUGCACCCCACUGCUGCUCCAGGAUAAAGCUAACCUGGUGGAAGAUUAUGUGGGAGAAUAUCCCGAGCUCCAGAGGAAGCUCUUGCAGACCCUGGACAUGUGGUGUGACCCCAGCUUCAAUAUCAGAGACAUCACAAGACCAUAUCAAGGCCUGUCCAGGUACAAACCAGAAAAAUUUAACCGCAGAGUGCUCAGCAAGCUGGUCUUCAGGCUCCUGGAGAGAUUCAACGUUGACCCAGCUCUCUGCCCUAAUGUCAUCAAUCAGCGGCACUUGAGAACCCUGAAUUACCUCUUUUACAAGAGAUUUGUUGAGAAAACCAUGACUGAGGAGAAUUGGGCAGACCACAUUCAGAGCACAGUCGGGGAGAACCGCUGGCUGCAAGGGCACCUGGUGCAGUCGCUGCUCCGGCACUGCGGCGCGCGCGGGGCGGCACGGUGGGCACGGCGCUGCCGGGUGCCCCCCGAGAUGCUGCCUCGGGCCGUGGCUGAGGAGCUCCAAAAGCUGCACAUCCAGGACAGGGCAGAAGAGGUCACAAAAGCAGAUAAUUAUGAGGACAGUAAGAAGAAGGACUAUUACCAGCUUCCUAUUGCGCGGGAAAAGAUUCACUUUCUGCAGACAUGGGAGGAGACGCUGCAGUGCUGGGAGAAGGUGCUGCAGCCUGGGCAGGUCGUUGGCGUGGACAUGGAGUGGAAGCCGUCCUUUGGCAUGGUGGGGAAGCCUCGUGUCGCCCUCCUGCAGCUUGCACUGAAGGAUGAGGUGUUCCUGCUGGACCUGCCACGGCUCCUCGAGCAAGCUGAGGCAGAGGGGGAGAAGGAGAAGCUUCCCCGUUUCAUCCAGAUGCUCUAUUCAGACGCAGCCAUCACUAAACUGGGUUAUGGGAUGUCUGGAGACCUCAGCAGCCUGGCAGCCACGUGUUCUGCUCUGAAAGACAUGGAGAAGCAAAUGCAAGGUGUGGUGGAUCUUCUUGCAGUGGACAAACAACUGCAGUGGAAGAAGGAUGGCCGGAAGGUCGAUGGACUGUCCCCAGAGCACAGCCACGAGGAGAGAGGGGUCAAGCAGCCAGAGAAGGGACUCAGCCUCCUGGUGCAACACGUGCUGGGAAAGCCUCUGGACAAAACAGAGCAGCUGUCCAACUGGGAGAAGCGGCCGCUGCGGGAGGAGCAGAUCCUCUAUGCAGCCUCAGAUGCCUACUGCUUGCUGGAGAUCUAUGAGAGGCUCUGCAAGGACCCCGAGAGCUUCGGUCUGGGUUCAGACCUGACAGAAAGUCUGGUGGAAAAACAGAGCAAAAAACCCAGGGCAAAGAAGCAGCUGAAUAAACAAGAAGCACCAUCACCUUCUGUACAGGAGUGCCAAGGACCCAGAAUGGAGCCCUCAUGUCCCCCUGCCCCGAUCUCCCCCCAGGAAUUUAGCGUGGUGUGUGACAACAUGCUGCAGGGCCUGGGGCGCUACCUGCGCUGCCUGGGCGUGGAUGUCCGGCUGCUGGACAAUGAGGAUGACCACAGGAAAGCUGCUGAGAUUGCCCGACAGGAAGGAAGAGUCAUUUUAACCUCUGGACUCCCAUAUCAGACUCUGCGCUCCCAGGUGGGAGAGGGAAGGUGUUUCUCCGUGAACUGCUCCGAGAAGGCGAAGGAACAGGCGCUGCAGGUGCUGAAGCACUUCAACGUGCAGGUGUCCCUGAGUGACAUCUUCAGCCGCUGCCAGGUCCGGGGCUGUCCCCUGCCCUGGGGACCGCUCUCUGCAUGGCCCCCACUGGACCCACUGGACACCUGGAGCUGGGGAGCAGCUCUGGGGAGCUGGGCUGGGAUGAAGAUGCCAGGCAAACCCUGCCAGCUCCUCUCUCGCAGCUGCAGCAAGUCUGACAGUGCUCUGCCUGCUCCUCCCUGGAAAAUACCGGCCCUUUCAGGACCCGUGGGCUUCAGUUGGCACUGGGAAGCCUGGGGACAGUGGCCUGAGGGACAAGGGUCCCAACCCUGCUCUACGCCUCCCCCCUGCACCAGCUCUCCCUCCUCUUGCCUCGUCCGCCCCAGGCGCUGGGUGUGCAACUGCAACAAGUACCUGAAGGUGUCACGGGAGAGGAUGAGGCAGCUGGUGGAGGGCAGCAGACGAGCGUCAGGGGAGCACAGUGCAGGCUGCCCGGGGAGCCAGAGCUGCGGUGUCACCGUGCCAGCCUGUGACACAGCCCAGCCUGGCUGCGCCCCGCACGGCGAGCGGGCGGAGGGGGCGGAGCAGAGCGGGGCAGCCGCGGGGUUGGCAGGGGACACGGUCCUGCAGGUCGCUGCCAUCCCCCCCGGGGUGCUGGACAGAGCCGAGCUCACCGACUUCUUCUGCUGCACCCGCUGUGGGAAGGUGUUUUGGGAAGGGUCCCAUUUUGGACGCGUCGUCUCCCAGUUUCAGGAUGUUCUUGUGGCCUCUGGGGACACACAGAGCGUCUAUGAGCUGAGCUGAGCUGAGCUGAGCUGAGCUGAAGCACAGGGGUUCCACAGGGGAACGGGGACUGCCUGGGGAACCUCAGCAGAUUUUGGGCCUUGGGCUUCCAGAGAGAGGCUGGAAGUGGGGAGGGGGGAGCUCUCAUUUUGGGAUCCACCACAGAGAACACUGUCACAGGUGCACCAGUGGUUUGCAACAGCCCAAAAAUACGUGGCCUCCAUGAGAUCAUUAAAGCAGAGGUGGCUAAA